UGUGCCUUUAACUUCUGAGACUUUUAAUACACAAAUCCUCUUUAGAAACCACUGCACUUUACCUGGAUCGCGCAUUGUCCUGCCGUUGUCAAUCAAAAAAGGUAUUCGAUAUUGCUAAGAGAACUAAGAUCGCUGCUGUCCUGGUUCCAGAGUACGACUGCAACAAUGUUGUGCGCCAAAUCCCUGCAACAUUCCCACCCGGCAGCUAUCCGUGCACUCAUCCGAAGCAAAAACCAUGGAAUCAAGAACACUUCUGGGAUAGCUGCAGGACUCCGAUUGAAACUUGUCAUUGAAGGAUACAAGCAAGCCAAUAUUGUGAUUCUGCACAAGACGUUGGCCGAUGAUUUUGAAGCUUUCAGCCAUGCCAACAACGGCCCCUUGCCUCUACUGUACCGGAGCCCGCCAGGAGAGUGGACCUGCCCGAAACUGGCAGAAGAUUCUGAUAUUAGAACAGACUGCCCUGAGUAUUGCAUGUUUGAAAAUGGGAACUUUGCUGGCAGUAUUCCGAGUCUGAUGUCACACUCAGAAGAGUUUGAGGAUAUGGUGACUUUCUACUUGGGCUGCAGCUUCAGCUUUGAGCAAACCUUGCGGCAGGCAGGAAUCCCGGUCCGGAAUGUGGAACAGGACCGUAACGUCAGCAUGUACAAGACCUCAGUGCCUUGCUGUGGGGUGGGCAGAUUCCAGUGCCCCCUGGUGGUGACCAUGAGGCCGGUGCCAGAGGGAAUGCUGGACGCGGCAACUCAGGCUACACACCCCGCCAGUGACGUCCAUGGAGCUCCAGUUCACAUCGGAUACCCAGGCCUGAUUGGGGUCGAGGACUUGAGCCGGCCAGACUAUGGGGACGCAGUGGAGCUGCAGCCCGGGGACGUGCCCGUGUUCUGGGCCUGUGGGGUGACAGGAGUAGAGGCUGUGCGGAGCUGUAAGUCCCCCUUGGCCUUCACUCACUCCCCCGGCUGCAUGUUCCUCAGUGACUGUGAAGAGAGGGCCUCUGCUCCCAGGCCCAGUGCUGCUGACACCCCUCUUGCCUUCCGCGUUGCCCGGGAGCCCCUGCACUACAGCCUGGUCUCAGCCUCAGCAGUCCAGCGGAUCAGAGCCCUGGAGACACUUAUCAGGACUGAACCAGGUCAGAGAGGAAAUAGAGCUUUGUUCCUUCCAAAUGAGCUCCUCAAGGCCUGCCUAUCCCUGUCUCACGCAAACUCAGUCCUCAUUACCACUGGCUUUCCAACCCUCUACAACCGGAAUCCCCCUGAGGAGACCGACGGGCUUCCUGGGGCUCUUGCCAUGGCAACCAUGCUGCAGGUUUUAAACAAGCAGGUCGUCAUAGUAACUGACAACCGGGCCUUUGACUUCAGCAAAAGAAUUAUACAUGACGCUGUUGAUCAAGGUGUUUUGAACAGUGAAGUGCCAGUCCGCAGCCUCCAGGCCACCAGCCCCACAUCCGUCUUCGGCUUCCUUUGUCAGGAAGGGGAGACUUCGGCUCCUAGGUAUGACCACUUGGUGGCAAUAGAGCGUGCCAGCAUGGCUGCAGAUGGGAACUACAACAACGCCAGGAAAGUGAAUAUUCAACACCUGGUGGAUCCCAUUGACACUCUGUUCACAACUGCCAGGUCCAUCCCAGGAAUCACCACCACAGGAGUGUCUAACUGGGGUGGCUAUGCGGUGGCCUGUGCUCUGUACAUCCUUAGCUGCUGUCCUGUGCAUGAUCGCUACCGCAGGAAGGCUGUGGGGUUCCCCCAACACACCCAGCACAGCUCAUGGGCCUCUGCGCUGCCCUCUGUCAGGAAGGUUGUGCCUCACUUGUGCAGGAAGAGAAGCUCCUGGAGAUACUGGAGCAAUAUGAUGUUCGCAGUGGAGCUGCUGGGAAUUUGGGGCUGGAGGUGGACGGCCUGCGUUUCCAUGAUGCUCACUCCACUAUGAUCCAGCAGCUGGUUGACAUCGCCCUGCAGCCCACAGCAUCGCUCUGCUGAACCCACUGCCUUGGCAACCAAGAAAGCAAGUCCCAUCACAGGGUAUCACUGUCAGCAACCUGCUCAUAGUCUAGGGAGAGGUAGCCUAAAGAAUAGCUUCUAGGAUCUUCAUUUUUUGGUUUGAAAUUGAACGAAACCCCGAGAUUCAAAAAUCCUUCAACACCAUUAAAUUCACUUUGCCUUCUUCCAUCAGCCAUGGCUUGUAGAAGGGACACAAGGUGCACUGUUGUUGAACACUUUCUUUCUAUUUACAGUAUCUGUGUGUCUGAUUAGAGGCCAGGCCUGUCAUUCUGGAGUGCUGGGAAAAAGUUUGUGAAUCCACAAUGUUGUUCAGUGUGUUUUAGACUGUAAAGGUAAUUAUUCAUAGAAGUGUUAAUAAAAGAUGAAGAUAACUUGAUUAAACAUAUAUACUGUAGUACAACGCAAAGACAUAAGGUAUAUUUGCAUUAUUUAAUCAAUAAAAUGAUCCAACAGUAAAUAUCCUUGUCAAUAGGUACACAAACACUUGAAUUCAGAAAACUGUGCAACCACAAAUUUGUUCAUAUUCUUUCACAUACCUCCUUCUGUUGCAAUUACGUCAAUUAGACACUUCCUGUAACUUGUAUCUUCCUGUCCUGUAUCAGUUGUUAACCAGAAAGUAUUUAAAUUGGGUUAAGCAAACAUAUAGGAAAAAAAGAAAACAUGCUCAACUACAACUACAAGUAAAAUCAGAGUACAACGCACAACUUUUGUUUAUGAAAUUAUCGGGUUUAUUGUAGUGUGUCUCCACAUACAGUAUAAACCAGUGCAAAGAAAAAAUGUUUCAAUGACUCUAUCCAGAUAUUUAAAGUUUGCUUGCUUUACAUGUAUUGUACCAUUCUGUUCUAAGAUAUCUCCCAACUUUCAACACUGCCUUGCCAAAAUGCUGCUCCCUUAGAAAAUCUCCACACUAAUUAAGGACAUUAAUCAUUAAUGUUGUGUAAGUGUGGACUAAACAAAUCUUUCUUUUUUUGUUUGUUUUUUUACAUAAAAUCUUAAGGAGAGUC